CAGCAACAAAAGUUUUGACAUAACGAUUAGUAGUAAAUAGCUAUAGCAACUAAAUAAUACGAUACAACAUUCUUCUUGUUAGAUUUUGUUGUCGAACGUUUAUGGAUAAACUAAUAUGCUGAUGAUACAUUAAAUAUUUAUUUAAACAAUGUAGAAUAUUACCGGUUAAAAGUAAAAACUUAAAAAAUGGAGACCGCACAAUCGUCAGAUGAUAGUUGUGAUUCUGAAAUGAGGAUGAUGAAGAACGAAUUGAUUGAUUUUGGUUUGGAUGAAGAAAAUCUCACUAAAGAAGAAAUUACUGAUCUGCUGAAGGCAUUGAAAAACUCAAAAUCCACUGAAAAAGAGGAGGAAAUUGCCCGAGACAAAUCUUCUCAAAUGUUUCAGACAGAGAACAAUGUAAGCAGUAGUCUUCCGAAAAAGUCUAUGAAAAGAAGAUAUUUAAAUGUAAGAGACAGACGUUUGCCAUGGAGUUUGUUACCCACCACAAUAACUCCAGCAGAAAAAGCUAGAACUCUAGCAAUAUAUAUCAAACUCAUGUCAUUAAACAAUUAUCGCCAGGCAAGGCAGUCUGCUAACUUUGCUGUGUGGCCCCCACCAAUACAGAUAGUUGAGGAGACAACAAGAGUACAACCAAUGAGGUCCACGAGGAGUGGCAGGUCUGUGCCAGUUUAUGAUUUUGAUGACGAAGACUCUUCUGAUGCAGACCUUACCACCACAAAGAGCAAGAAAAGGAAGGUCUCAAACAGUGAUCACAAUGGAACUGAUGGUAUUUACACCAACAAAGUCCUCAGCCUAAAGAGGAAGCCACCUAAAGAAGAGAAUAAUGUAAGGUCUGUGAAGGAACCCAAAAUGGAUAAUAAAUUAGAGGUGGUUUCCAUAGGGAACCCUGUAAAGCCUAAAGUAGAGCUUUUCUCAUUAAUUGAAGACUGAAGCACCAAUUCCAAAAUUUUGGUACUUUAGGUGACUUAGAUGGUACUCAAUGAAAUUUAAUACAUGAUGCUGUAACUGUUAGAUGAUAGGGCAGAAUAUGUAUCCACAUUGAUGAGAUUUAUUUACUAGAUUACCUGAAAGUCUAUUUCUAUGUUCAAAAUUUUUUCACAUCAAUUCCAUUUGCUCUUUAUCAUAUUAUAUUAUCUAAAAUCUUUUCCAAAGUUUGUAGGUAGGUAAUUCUAGAUUUUGCAUUUAAUCAAUUACAUUUUAGUCACAAUCAAAUGCUAUUGCCCGCAGAAAUAUGAGUACUAAUUAUCUCCUAUUUUUUUUUAUAAAAUGGCCAUUUUGGAGAUAAUUAUAUAUUAUGUAUUAUAAUUAUGAUCAUGUAAUUUAAAUGUGAUAAACUGAUAUGGGCUGAUAAGUUUAGAUUGACUCCUUUUCAAAGAAACUUUUUUUAGAGAACCUAUAGAAGCAGCCAUGACUAUAUCCCAGAUUUAUGAACUUCUAUGAGUAUUCACAUAAAUUCCUCUUUCAUACAUCACUAGCUCUCCCGGCGAACUACGUACCGCCUAACUAAACAAAAUAUUAAGGGUGAACAACCCUUAUCACUUAGGGUUAUGAAAAAUAGAUGUUAGCGGAUUCUCUGACCUAUUGAAUACGCAUAUAAAAUUUGGUAAAAAUCGGUGAAGUUGUUUCGAAAGAAUACGGUAACUAUCAUCGUGAUACGGGAAUUUUAUAUAUUAGAUAGAUAAAAGUGAAGGACUGUUUCUGGCAUUUGUAGACUGAGUUUUAGUUCGUCUUUUAACAGAAAUGUGUCAAGAAGCCAUGUUUUGUUCAUUCAUGUUGUAUUAAAUAGUACUGUCUAGGUAAAACUGUUAGUUGUUAAUAUAACAUAAUUUUACGAUAAAUCUAAACUUGAUCUGAAUGUAGUGGUCAAAAUAUAAAGUGUUAAGUGAAUGAAAGAUUUGUGUGUGAGCCAGAGUCACUUUUGUUUUCUUGUUAUAAGGUACAUUAUUUUAUUUAGGUUUGUAGUGUUGGUGCUGCAAUUGUGAUUUAAAUCGUUUUAGAGGUUUUCCUGAAUCUGUAUUAUUUCAACUGUUGAUAAUGUUCAAUAAUCUUGAUUGGACAGAUCAUGCUUAUGCUUUGUGAGGAUGAUUCAUUUACAUAAUAUUGUUGAAUUAAAUUAAAGUAACUCCUAAUUCAUCAAAUGUCUGUUUAUAAUUUUAAAAUGUUUAUUAGUCGUCAAAGCACGUAUCGCUCUUGAUCAGAGACACUGGCAAAGAUAAAAAGUACAACCUUUUUUUAAAAGGAAUUGUUAGGACACAAGUCAAAAUGUUACUUGUCAAAUGUAAAGUGCUUUUAUCCUUUACUACUACGCAAAAAGUAAACACAUUUUGCAGG